GCUCAUCUUGUGAUUUCAAACUGCUCUUCUACAAGCCUAGCCAACUCUGCAACCAUGAAACUCCUCCAGAAACCUCCGCGAUAUGUCACUGCUAGUAUAUUGUGCUCCUGCGGAGGACUCCUUUUUGGAAUGGAUACAGGAAUCAUUGGCCCCGUGACUGUCAUGGAAAGUUUCACCUCACGAUUUGGAAGCCAGGCUGCAGUGAUUCACGGGUUGAUCGUGUCGUCCAUCCUUAUCCCGGCCGCAAUUUCUUCAUUCUUUGCAGGCUACGUGGCAGACAAACUGGGUAGGCCAAAAGGCAUCAGUAUUGGUGCCUUGAUAUUUGGAAUCGGAGCGGGCCUUGAGGCAGCAGCUGUCCACAUUGGGAUGUUCGUAACAGGACGAUGCAUCGAGGGCAUAGGGGAGGGCUUAUACCUUGGAACUUUGGUAGUGUAUAUCUGCGAGAUUUCGCCGCCCGACGUCAGAGGAGCUUUAACCACCGGCCCUCAGUUGCUCAUCACGCUGGGUUUGGUAGUGGGGUUCUUCACAUGUUAUGGAACGGCUCGCCUGGAAUCUUCAUUCUCAUGGCGUACUCCCUUCUUGAUUCUUGCUUGUUUGGCAGUGGCUUUCUCGGUUGCUUCUUGGCUCUGGCUGAUCCCCUCGCCCCGAUGGUUGACCAUUCACGGUCGCCGAACUGAGGCUACUGCUACUUGGGACUACCUUGGGGUAAGCCAGGCGGAACGCGAGAAGGCUGAAAUUGAGCAAGACAGAAUUCUUGUCGCUGAAGUUGCAAGCAUCUCCAGCAGAGAACGUGCUUCAACAAAUCCCCAGGCUCAAGCAAAGUCAGCCAAGGACAAGAUUUUCGACCUCUUUUCUAAAGACGUUCGGACUCGCACCAUUCUGGCUGUCUUCCUGAUGGGAAUGCAACAGCUUAGUGGGAUUGACGGUGUUCUUUAUUAUGCCCCUCUUUUGUUCGAACAAGCAGGUCUUGCAUCCUCGUCAGCAAGCUUCUUCGCUUCCGGCGUCUCAGCAAUUGUUAUCUUCGCAGUCACUAUCCCUGCACUUAUUUGGGCGGACAAAUGGGGUCGCCGACACAGUACCAUUUACGGUGGCAUCGGCCUUAGCAUCACGAUGCUUCUGAUAGGAGCUCUAUACGCAAGCAAAACAGUUCACAGCUCAAGUGGAGCGGGGCGAUGGGUGGUCAUUGUCAGCAUCUACAUAUUUGCCGUGAUAUACUCUUUGAGCUGGGCUGUCGGCAUCAAGAUCUAUGCAGCAGAGAUACAGCCACAAAGGACUCGUGCCUCAGCAACUAGCUUAGCUCACGGGAGCAACUGGGCGGCUAAUUUCCUAGUAGCACUUGCUACACCAAUCCUCCUUUCAAGAAGCAGCUUUGGUGCAUACUUCCUAUUCGCGGGAUGCACACUUGUCACGACCUUUGUAUGCGCAGUCAUGAUGCCAGAGACCAAAGGCAGAUCGCUGGACGAGAUCGAAGAAGCGUUCAAGUCCAAGGCUGUGGGCUCGCAGCCCCUCUUGAACAUUCUUCGCCGGACCACCCGGUCUAUGCCUUGAUCAGCGAUUGCCGCCGAAAUAACUCGAUCUGUGCACAAAUUGUGACAGAUUCAAGUGGUGGGUCUAAGCGUUAGCCGGCGAUAAGGUAAAACAGCGGGCGGGGCCGAAUGACAUGCUGGUUUGAGGUUAGCACAAGCAUUUGUAAGCCAG